AUGGCAGCCCGAGUGACCAGGGCUGUGAAUGUGGAAGAAAAUCAGCCCAUUGAAAAAGAGAGAAUGUUUCCAAUUCAUUUAAUAAAGCUGGCUGUAUUACAGCGCCGUGGCCGGUGGAACGCCUACAUCGACAACCUCAUGGCGGACAGGACCUGUCAGGACGCGGCCAUCUUGGGCUACAAGGACUCGCCCUUCGUCUGGGCCGCCGUCCCCGCGAAAACCUUCGUCAACAUCACGCCAGCUGAGGUGGGUGUCCUGGUUGGCAAAGACCAGUCAAGUUUUUACGUGAAUGGUCUGACACUUGGGGGCCAGAAAUGUUCGGUGAUCCGGGACUCACUGCUGCAGGAUGGGGAAUUUAGCAUGGAUCUUAGUACCAAGAGCACCGGUGGGGCCCCCACCUUCAAUGUCACUGUCACCAAGACUGACAAGACGCUAGUCCUGCUGAUGGGCAAAGAAGGUGUCCACGGUGGUUUGAUUAACAAGAAAUGUUAUGAAAUGGCCUCCCACCUUCGGCGUUCCCAGUACUGACCUCGUCUGUCCCUUCCCCUUCACCGCUCCCCACAGCUUUGCACCCCUUUCCUCCCCAUACACACAUACACCAUUUUAUUUUUUGGGCCUUUACCCCGUACCCCUUAUUGCUGCCAAAACCACAUGGGCUGGGGGCCAGGGCUGGAUGGACAGACACCUCCCCCUACCCAUA